UAUGUAGUACUGUACACGUACAAUGUAGGGAUCUAAAACGAUCACAUUUUCACAUUCAUUUUCAUAUUUGUGGCCCGUAUCGUUCUACAGGACACUUCACGGGUACCGCUAUGAUGGCUGCGUUAGCUGCGAUAUCUCCUCUCCGGUGCCCGUUCACAUCGGGUGUUCACCUUCCUGCAAUCCGUAAAUCUGGCCGAGUUCGUGCGACAGCCCCUAGACUAAAUGUCGAAGCCAGAGCAACGAAGUCGCAAGAUGGGGCUCAGGAGUUCUCGAAGGUGUUUCGCCCGGCCGUCGGAAGUGCGGUCGCCAACGCCCUUGUCGUGCUACCCUCUUUCGCGGGCGAACCAGGGAAAAUUUUUGACUUCAACUUGACCCUCCCCAUUAUCGCCUCCGAGUUCCUCCUCUUGAUGGUGAUCCUCGACAAAACUGUAUUCGGCCCCGUUGGAAAGGCGCUCGACGACCGUGACGAACUUAUUCGAACUCAGCUCGCUGCCGUGGGUGACAACUCCUCCGCCGUCGCCGACCUCAUCGCAGAAAAGGAGAACCUCAUCUCUGCUGCUCGCGCAGAGGUGGCCCGUGAAGUGGCCGCUACAAAAUCAAAGAUAGAUGCCGACAUCGCGGCUGCCUCAACGAAGGCCAAAGCUGAUGUGGACAAACAGAUUGCUUCUGCUCUCACAAAACUUGACUCCGCAAAAUCUGAGUCAGCCGCUCAGGUCGAAACAAUGUCCAAGGAGCUCUCUGACCAAAUCAUCAAGAAGGUGGUCGAAGUAUGAUGUCAUGAUUUGCUGCGCUUUAAUUGGUUUCGCAUCAUGUAGCUACGAUUCCCAAAAGUGUGCCUCGUCUGUCUAGCAACUGAUUGACGGAGAGAACAUCGAAAGUGGAGUAAGAGUGAGGAAUAUGACUUGAGUACAGUUAGCUGAGUCAGCUCCGUUGAGUUAAAAGCAACCAACUACCGCUGCCGUAGUCGCGCGAUCCCGUCCAAAUUUUGUUCCCCACCCACGCGUGCACUCUCCCGUCUGCAGCAUAUAUCGAACGGUUCCACGCGCCCUACAGCGAUAAUCGCGUCCUUUUCUUUGUGAGCUUGCCAGGCAAUACACGCUGACCAUAGUGCAGACCGAGGUAUUCCCUGGUCUCGGUCUGUCCCACAUCCAAGCAGACGUCAUCCUUUAUCUCCACUAGAUUGACAUUAUUCCCUUCAUCGAUGAUGGUAUCAGUCACAUUUAUUUUCAAUUCACGAAGGGAAAGCGCUACAUUACCACAACCGUUGAACACUGAGGUAGAAGAUAAACCAUAGGCAGUGCGAAGAACUGAUGCUGCAAAAUGUGCUGCCAAUAUGCAACAGCCAUUGUUUAUACUGAGACGAGUACGAUCUCCAUCUCUCACAGCUGCACGGUCUGCAUUCUUCCCCGGAAUGAAAAAGUCGUCACCCUUCCACUCAGCGACUGAAGUACGUGGCGUGAAGGCAGACACACAUACUGAAAUGAACUUGUCAAGGUUGUCAAGAGCACCAUCACUGAACAGAGACAAGUAUGAAGGAUCACGGAGAUAGGCUAGUGUCGCUCUAUCGCGGUCUGCUACGUGUAAUAUACUUCCGGUGUUAUUCUUGAGGAGUGCAUGAAGUAGAGUGGCCUUCACUCGUACUAGCAUAGGUGCAAGUACUGCUUGAUGACGAAUAUCAGCUGCAACGUUGAGUAU